AUGUCCGGACGCGAGAUCUUCGUUUGCAUACCCGGACUCGUCAAACUCGUUAAUUAUGCUACAACAUCAGAAGAACUAAAUUACUUGGGGCAUGUCACAGAACAGGCGUCGUCCUUUACGGUCGAUACCGAAUCAACAUAUCGACCAUAUUUAACUGAUUUACCAUCUUUAAUACAAAAAAUAUGGGAAAAUAUUUUUCGUCAACGCGAACACAUUUAUGCAUGGGGAGAUCUAAUGGAUGAAUUGCGUCAAUUAUUAUUCUAUCAAAUGUUUACAAAUCAACAAAUUCCAAGCUCCGUUCCAGAUACAGACUAA